GAGAAGUAAAGAGAAAGAAGAAGUAAACAGAAAUUGCUAAUUGACAUAAUUUUUCGUCGUAAAAGUUAAUAGUAUAUUGUGUGUUUAUAUCCCAGUGAUUGUACAACUAAAUCUUUUCGUUACACGAAAAGGUGUGAUUUUGUGUUUACAUCCUGUAUACUGUGAUAAUUGACUGUCAUAAAAGAUAAUUCCAGUGAUAAAAUCAAGUACAUCCAUAAAAAAUCAAAAUGGAUAGUCCCGGCGCUAUUGGUAGGCGUCGUGGAACCACAAAAGUUUCUGCCGAGGAUCAAGCAUUAGAUCAAAUUGCUAAGGAGGGUGGAUUACUAAUGACAGUCGGGAAUGGUAGAAACUAG